AUGGCGUGCCCUCUUGGACUCUGCUUUAGAGAAAUUCCGGUGUUCCUGGCGGCACUCAAGUGGCUCAACCACGACUACACCAAACGGCAGCAGUACCUGGUCCAGUUGCUCAAGUGCGUCCGCUUCUCGAUGAUGAACCGCGAGGAGAUCGUGCACUGUCUCCACCCGCCGCUGCUGAGCAACAUCACCCGUUUCCCGUCCGUCGCCUUCAUGAUUCUCAGCGCCUUUGGAACCUUCUGCUUUGCCGCCGUCUAUAGAGUGGUGUCGAUGCAAGAGGAAGGCCGGGAGCACCUUAUGUCGAGGUUCGCCAGCCCAAACAGGGUCUACCUCCGACCAUCCAAAGAACGUCAUCCGCUCUGGCUUAAAACUUUCCUGGGGGACUCUUCGGCUCCAGCCGCGAUUGUGGAGAUUCUGGAAAAGGGACCAAAGUUUGCCACGGAGCCUUCAGUCAAGCCAACGGAAAUGCUGGCCCUCGUGCGUCAGGUGUCUGGGAAGGUGACCCCGGACAACAGGGAACGGUGCGUUCUCGAAUGUGUGGAAGGUCUCACUAAGGAGGGCAGACGACCGGUGCGCAAGAUGAAGCUAAGUGCGGAUGUGCCGUUCUUCAAGGAGUCAAAGCUGAAGCUGUUGCUGUCCGAUAAGGAAGGCGGGUUCGUUGUGGUGCCAGAUAACAUGUUUAAAGAGAAAUCGAGGAACGCAAUGCAGAACAAUUUUAGAUCCUUGUCGGGUGUGGAUUUGAAGAAAGUUAAGGCGCGUGCCGUCCAGCUCAGUGUGGACCUUAAUUUGGAUAGGCUUCGAAAAUCGGUGUUAGGAGCGAAAUGUCUCAGUUUGGAGGCUUUCUUUACGGGGAAAACUCAUAAGGAGUUGAUGCCGUUUAGGGCUAUUGUCACUCAAAAGGAUUCGUGGCAGCUGCAUGUGUCUUCGUUCCUUCAGCGCCACCUGUCCUCGCUCACCCUAAAUGACCCUUUUUUGAUACGUAAUUCCGAGGCUCUGGUUGAAUAUUUGAGGGGGGAUAACCCAGGGUCCUGUGACAUAGUGUCACUCGAUGUUGAGGAUAUGUUCUAUUCCAUUCCUCACGGAGAGCUCAUGACGGCUGUGGAGGAAUGUAUCCAUACCAAUGGGGCCGUGGCGUUCAGUAGCUCCUCGGGAGUGUCGUGUGAUUCGUUUCUAGAGUUGCUGCAUUUCUACAUCCAGUCAACCUACGUUACCUACGAGGGUGAUACCUUUUUGCAAAAAAGUGGCAUUUGUAUAGGGUCGAGUGUAGCACCGGUGCUUAGCGAUAUCUAUUUGGCGAGGUGUGAUAGAGGCAUUGCUGGCAGGCUGGAUGGACGCGUUUUGAAAGUGCUAAGAUAUGUAGAUGAUUAUCUCAUUGUUCUUAAACCCAGCCUUGACAACGACUGUGUUGAAACGGUUAAAGAGAUUGUGGACAUUUUUAGUGAAUGUUCCCAGGGCCUAAGUUUUAAGCUCGAGGUCCCGACAGAAGGGGCUUUGCAAUUUUUGGACAUUAAUCUCCGCCUUGGGACGUCACACGUGUGCUGGGCCUAUGAUCCUAGAUCAAAGAAGGGAUUACUUCCUUAUGACUCGGCACUCUCAAAAUUGGUGAAAAGGGCUAUUGCUGGGUCGUGCCUCAGGGCGUCUUUGUUAAAAUCAUGUCGCCAUAGGUGUGGGUCAAGUUUUAUGACUCAGGUUGAUAGGCUUGCCUCUGCGGGCUUCCCUUCGGCGGUUGUGGGGGGUGUUGCUGAGUCCCUUGUUCGGAUGUUUAGGGGGCACGCUAGUCCUAGGAAAAAACAAAGGCCAUCCACUAGACCUGUCGUACUUCCGUAUAUCCAUGCCUUGUCCCACCGAAUUAAGCGCGUUGCCGGUAGGUUUGAGGUGCCUGUCGUCUUCUCGGCGCCAUCUAAGCUUUCACACCUUUGUGCUGCUGUUAGUAGAGAGGGA